AUGUUACCGGUAGAUAACAGACUUCUAAACUUACAGAUCUACAAACUUCUUCAGUGCAUUCACCAGAAAGACAAGAAGCAAAUAGAAAAGCUGGUCCAGAAUGGAUUCCCAAAUCUCAUUAAUUUCACAGAGCCUAUGGAAGGAUAUAGUGCCCUUCAUUUGGCCUGCAUUAAAAAUGACACCGACAUGUGCAGCUUCUUGCUGGAACAGGGAGCUCAUCCAGAUGUCCAGGACAAAAUGGGACAUACUCCAGCAAUGAAGGCAGCUGAGCUAGGCCAUGAGAUGGUUUUGGAUUUAUUAGCAAAAGCUAAAGCAGACAUGACUGCUGUGGAUAAUGAAGGGAAGGGUGUUUUGUUUUACUGUAUUUUACCUACAAGGCGGCACCACCACUGCACAAAAAUUGCCUUGGAUUAUGGUGCAGAUGUUAACAACUGUACUACUGAUGGGAAGCCUGUAUUUCUACAAGCCUGUGAGCAAGCUCAUGAUAUUAAAGAAAUAUGUCUGAAUUUCUUGGAAAGAGGAGCAAAUCCCAAUGCAAGAAACCCAGCUACGGGUCGCACAGCCUUAAUGGAAGCAGCAAGAGAAGGUGUUCUCGAGCUGGUGCGUGGUCUACUUGAGAGAGGAGUCAAUGUUAACCUAUUUGACCUUGAAAGACACAGCGCUGCACAUUUUGCAGCCAAAGGUGGCUUUUUUGAGAUUCUGAGGAUUAUUUCAGCUUACAAUGGAGACUUGGGCCUGAUUGCUAUGAAUGGUAACACGCCACUUCAUUACGCUGCAGAGGGAGGAUUUACAAAUUGCUGCAAGUUUAUAGGACAAAGAGGCUGUGAUCCUACAUGGACAAACUUGUUAACGAAGACACCAAGAGCCAUUGCCAAGGAAGGCGGUUUUAAAGCAGCAGCAGCAGAAUUGCGUAAAAUUGAAAAUGCCUUUAUAAAACAGUCCAAGCCUGGGGCUAAGGAGGACAACCCCCGCUGGGCACUGAGGCUGUACGACUGGUCCUUAGAGCACCAGGCUGCCCUCCGCAAGGAGUUUCAGGCCAUUGACCAAGGAGAUGGGACAGUGGCUAAAGAUGAUUUUAUAUCAGUUAUUCAGAAGCAGUGUGCCUUUGUGGACAUUGAACAAAUACAAACUAUUGCUGAAAUGCACGAAGGAUCUCACCCUGAGGGAAUCAACACUGAAGAAUUUUUUAAAGGCUCUAAAUACCUGCAGAAAAGCUGUCUUAUAAUGUCCUUUGGACCAAAAGGGAAGAAGGGGAAGAAAGGAAAGAAACGAAGAGGCAAAAGAGGCAUCGCCAUCCCCGUGCCGAUCUGUGUUAUCCCAAAGAGUGCAUGUCCACGUAGGGAAGAUGGCUUCCCUGUGUACUUGAUUGAGGCUAUUCAGAACAUUGCUGAGAGCUACCAUUUUAACCGAGACCACCCAUCUGCUCAUCCUGUGCAUGACGACCGUGCCUGGUAUAUAGAUGAGCCAAGGAAAAUGUACAUGAAUAUUAACUACCUUGUCAGAGCAGGAGACAUUCUGUCGCUACAGAAAGCAUUUGAGGAGGGUGUGCCAGUAGACAUAAAAGAUAAGUAUUACAAAACACCUUUGAUGGCUGCAUGUGCAAGUGGGAACAUAGAUGUUGUGCAGUAUCUUCUGGAAAAGGGGGCUGAUGUAAACGCAGCAGACAAUUUCAUGUGGACUCCUCUCCACCACGCUUGCUAUAACGGACACAUAGAUGUUGCUGAACUGAUAGUGAAGGCUGGAGCGGCAGUGGAUGCACCUGCAAUAGGCAAUGCAACCCCACUAAUGAGAGCCAUUGAGAUCUGCAGAUUGGAUAUAGUCUGUUUUUUAAUCAGUGCGGGUGCUGACAUCCAAACAACAAACAGCAAUGGAAGGAAUGCUCUUGAUAUUGCUAAAGUAUUUGCAGAUUCUAGAAUAAUUGAUCUGCUCCAAAAUAAACUGGAAAAUUUGCCAAAAUCACCAGAAAAAAAAGCAGAGAAAGAAAAAGUUAUGAAGCCAAAGUCACCUUCUACACUGAUGCCUGUAGAGGUACAAGCCAUGAAAAAAGAGAUAUGAGAGAUGACUUCACAGGUAUCUCUGCCAGCUGUAGAAAAAUCCAUUCUUGAAAAGACAACACAUUCUCUUAAGGACAGUGUUAUUUAUCUGAACUCUUUGAUAACCAGUGGUGCUACCAAGAAAGAUGACAUCGCAUUUAAACCCAGAAAAAUUUGGGCCCCUGAAGCUGCAACAGAGGAGCUAAUAAGAAAGCAAGAAUUGCUCCGUGAACGCUUUACUCUUGAUGACCACUCAGAAAGCUUCACGAGCCCCUUUAAUAGAAAAGUUAUGGAAUAA